GGGCGGUUACCGUGGCAACGGGGCGGCCAUUGGGAGGGCUGGCCGCUGCAAACCGGGGUUCUUCACGGCUCUGCCUCAUGUUUUCCACUGCUUCAACCUUCCCUUGAGGGCUGCGAGGCUCAGCAGGGCCCGUCCUGGUGAAUUGUUGGGUUUACAGAAUGUUCUCAGGCUGCUGAGAGAACCCGGGCAGGGCUGGUGCCGGUUCCUGGAGACCUGGAGGAGAAACUCGAGGUUCUGAGCCCAGGAAGCACCAUGAAGCUCGUGGUGGCCAAAGUGCUGUGCCUGCUGGGCAUCUGUGGCCUCAUGCUGGCCGGGUCCCUCCUGCCUGUCAGGAUCAUGGAUGCUGAUUACGAGAAGGCUCACAGCUCCAGGAAGGUCCUGGCCCUCUGCAAUUCCUUUGGAGGAGGGGUCUUCCUGGCCACCUGCUUCAACACCCUGCUGCCUGCUGUCAGGGAGAAGCUCAGCGAAGUUCUCAAGCAGGGCAACACGACCACGGAGUACCCGGUGGCAGAGACCAUCAUGGUGGUUGGUUUCUUCCUGACAGUCUUUGUGGAACAGCUCGUCCUGACCUUCCAGAAGGACAAACCUUCCUUCAUUGACCUGGAGACCUUCAAUGCUGGCUCAGAUGCUGGCAGUGACUCCGAGUACGAGAGCCCCUUCAUCGCCUCUGCCCGGGGACGCCCCCUCUACUCCGACCACAGCCCCCACUCCCACGGCCUCAGCAUCCAGGAGCUCUCCCGUUCCGGCCCCCUGCGCCUCCUGGGCUUGGUGUUUGCUCUCUGCACACAUUCCAUCUUCGAGGGGCUGGCCCUGGGCUUGCAGGAGGAAGGUGACAAAAUCCUCAGCUUGUUCCUGGGCGUCGCCGUUCACGAGGCGCUGGUGGCCGUGGCUCUGGGCAUCAGCAUGGCCAAGGCCUCCCUGCCCAUGAAGGACGCUGUGAAGCUGGGCCUGGCUGUCAGCCUGAUGAUCCCUCUGGGCAUCAGCAUCGGGAUGGGCAUCGAGAGCACCCGCAGCUCAGCCAGCAGCAUCAUCUCCCUCCUCCUGCAAGGCUUGGCGGGCGGCACCUUCCUGUUCGUCACCUUCUUCGAGAUCCUGGGCAAGGAGCUGGAGGACAAGAACAAUCGGCUGCUGAAGGUUCUGUUCCUGGUGUUGGGUUACACGCUGCUGGCCGGGAUGAUCUUCAUCAAGUGGUGAGAGGAGGGGGGCAAAGAGUUGGGAAGCCAACCUCAGCUCCUGGCCUGGCCCUGGAGGAGCUGCUCUCAGCCCAGCUGAGGCUGCACAGCCAGGAGAAACCUGCCGGUGCUUCCCCGGGGGAAGGAGAAUUCCCUCUGUGUGCUCAGAGGGAGAGAAACACGAGGAGUGUCCCGGCGGGGGGGGGUCACCCAGGCACUGGCCCUGCUGCUGCCUCUCUGGGUGCAGCAAAACCUGGAGAAAUGGGGUGCUGGGGCUGCCUGCCAGGAGCUGCUGCCUCCCUGCUCCUGCCCCUCAGCCCCGGCGGGGCUCAGCAUCACCUCCCGUGGCCCUCGGGAGGGGACAAAGGACACCGGGAAGGGCCCCGGAGGAGCGGGGAGGGGAGGAGAGGGGGGGGAUGGAGGAGCGCGCAGCCGCCUUAAGCGGCUUAGGGGUUUUUUUCAGCAAAACCUCGGUUGUAAGAGCUGCCAAAAAUACCUCCGUGGCGGGGCGGUGCCACGGGCCCGGCCCCGCUGCAGCAUCCCCCGGGACCGGCGCCAUUUUAACCCAGAAAGGGCUCCGGGAGCCUUUGAUCCGCGGUGAUUAACGAGAGCCGGGGCCGGGCCCGCUCCUCAGCCAUUCCCGGAGCAUUCCCUGGGGAAUCCUCCGGCAGCAGCUGGAGGCUGAGGAGCCCUCGGGGCCGCAGCUUCCCUUCCCCGGCAGCGAUUUCCCGAGGAGCGGGGAGCGAGGCUCCGGAUUUGAGGGCAAACCCUGGGGGUUGAGGUGCGGGGUU